AGCUCUUUUUUUCCCCCCGCAUCCACUGGGGAGGGGGGUCACCUCAUAACCAGCGUUGGCAGAGGCUGGGGAGAAUUUCUCUCCGCGUGGCUCGAGGGUGGAAGGGCUUUUCUCUACCGGUGCGCGGCCGCCUAUUUAAGGCGGCGUGGAGGGCAGCUGGGCCGCUCUGAUGGCUGCCUGGGCGGGCGAGGCGCGGGACGCACCCAUGUUCCCGGCGAACACGCCCCAGCCGUGCCCGCACCCUUAUCCGCCGGCCGCCAAAGCCGGGGAUGGCUGGAGGUUCGGAGCCAGGGGCUGCCGGCCCGUGGCCCCCUCCUUUCUCCCCGGCUACAGACAGCUCAUGGCCGCGGAGUACUUCGACAGCUACCAGCGGGCGCAGCUCAUGGCCCUGCUGUCGCGGAUGGGUCCCCGGCCGGUGAGCAGCCGAGACGCUGCGGUGCAGGUGAACCCGCGCCGCGACGCCUCGGUGCAGUGUUCUCUCGGGCGCCGCACUCUGCAGCCUGCACGGCGCCGAGCCACCCCGGACGCCCGGCCGGGUCCCUGCCAAGCCCGUAGCCCCGCCGGCGUCGGGAGAACCCCGCGAUCCUGGCGUGCCGUCGCCCUGUACUCGCCCGUGAACUUCUGGGGCCUUUCCUCCUCCGAUCCGGAGGCUGAGGGCGGCGGGCAGACGCCCACAAAGGGAGAAGGGAGCUCGGCACCCGGGGGGGGCAGCGAAACGGAGCCGGCAGAGAUGGCGGUGAGGAAAGCGGUCCCCCAGACGCCAGGCGAGGAGGGCGACGUCCAGGCUGAAGGGCAGGCGGGGCGGGAGCAGCCACCGCGGGAGGAGCAGCCACCGCGGGAGGAGCCACCCCGGGAGGACCAGGACAGGGUGGCGGCGAUGCAGUCUGAGCCUGGGCGUGAGGAGCCUGCCGCAGAGAUGGCUCAGGACCUGGGUGACUCCGCUGCCCCUGGGGACCGGGCCUCUCCGCAGAGCACGGAGCAGGACAAGGAGCGCCUGCGUUUCCAGUUCUUAGAGCAGAAGUACGGCUACUAUCACUGCAAGGACUGCAACAUCCGGUGGGAGAGCGCCUAUGUGUGGUGUGUGCAGGGUACCAGCAAGGUGUACUUCAAACAGUUCUGCAGAGUGUGUGAGAAGUCCUACAACCCUUUCCGAGUGGAGGAUAUCACCUGCCAAAGUUGUAAAAGAACGAGAUGUGCCUGCCCAGGCAGACUUCGCCAUGUGGACCCUAAACGCCCCCAUCGUCAAGACUUGUGUGGGAGAUGCAAGAACAAACGCCUGUCCUGCGACACCACCUUCAGCUUCAAAUACAUCAUUUAGUGAAAGUCGGAAAAAAAAAAGUUUCUGCUAGACGGGGGUAAUGGAGUAGACAAGUGAGCUUUCUCCCAUGUCCCCUACCUUCUUCACCUCUCCCUUCUCAAAAUACAUCCUGAAAGACAGUGUACUUUGAUAUAAAGUCUGUGAAUAAAUGGUAUUGCAAACAA